CCGGGGCCGGGGGGAGGUGCUCCGGCCCGGCCCGGCCCCGCCCGAUGUCCAUGAGUGCGAACACCAUGAUCUUCAUGAUUCUGGGGGCGUCGAUCGUGAUGGCCAUCGCGUGCUUGAUGGACAUGAACGCGCUGCUGGACCGAUUCCAUAACUACAUCCUCCCGCACCUGCGGGGCGAGGACCGCGUCUGCCACUGCAACUGUGGCCGGCACCACAUCCACUACGUGAUCCCAUACGACGGGGACCAGUCGGUGGUGGACGCAUCUGAGAACUACUUUGUGACAGACAAUGUGACCAAGCAGGAGAUCGACCUUAUGCUGGGGCUGCUUCUGGGCUUCUGCAUCAGCUGGUUCCUGGUGUGGAUGGAUGGUGUCCUGCACUGUGCUGUGCGCGCCUGGAGGGCUGGUCGGCGCUAUGAUGGCUCGUGGACCUGGCUGCCCAAGCUGUGCAGCCUGCGGGAGCUGGGCCGGCGGCCGCACAGGCCCUUCGAGGAGCCCACAGGGAACAUGGUGCACGUGAAGCAGAAGCUCUACCACAACGGCCACCCCAGCCCACGGCACCUGUGAGUGCACAGGACUCGGGGCUGCUGUGCACAUGUAAAGGGACCUCGUGGACGCUCAGCUGGCAAGACGGGACUGCGGCCUCAGGCCCAGGGUAUGCUGGGCUGUGGCCAGCUGGGUUGUGGCCAGCAGGCAAAUCCAGUGGAAGGUGCUGUCUCUUCUUUUUAUAAAGGGGGUCGGGUGGGGGCUGGGGUUGGGAUGGCCAUUGGGCUUCAGGGACAGCAACCUGGUUUCCACAGUGAGCAGGACACAAAGGCAGGCUUUUAGAGGUGCUGGGGCCAAGGGUGGUGGGUUCACAAUGGGGACAGACAUGGCCUGGGUCACGCUAGCCUAAGGCCACAUCUUAUUGAAAGCCACUGUUUCCUGUGCACCUGUUGUCCAUCCGUCCGUCUGGAGGGGAGGGAUGUGUCAGGGCCUGCGCCCAUCUGCACACGGGAGCAUGUGCAUGGGGCGUGUGCGACUGGAGGACUGGAGGGUGGGACUGGAAGGGCGGGCCCCCAGCAGCAAUAAAGAUGUGAUGGCCCCAGGUGUCCCAGCCCUCACUGUGAAGCCCACCCUGC